AAAUAUUGAUCUGUGUCUUCACAAAUCUAUUUUUAAAAAAACACUGUCAUAGAAUCAUAACUUGCUGGAAUUGAACAGUUGUUAAAAAUCUUUUGUUUUUAUAGCUACAUCUAUAUUUUGGAAAGACUGUGUUCAUUAUUCAGUUUUCCUAUAUUCUUUAAACUGCAUCCUUAAAUUUUUAAAGUAUUUUCUUAGACAAAUUUUCUGCCUCUCCCCCCCAAAAAUUGGAGCUUUCUAACCCAAAAUAGUAGUUUAUAAUGGAUGUGCCCAACACCACACCAAAACUAAAUACUCUCCCAACUGUUACAAAUGCCACAAAGAAAAAAGUCUAGGUAGGUAAGUUAAUAUCACUUACUCACAUAUAGUGACAUGAACACAUAAUGAGGCACUAUUCUACCAUAAGGAAUUCAGUAAUUGGUGUCAGUUGUAAAUAAUGUGAGCUUAUUAUGUUUGAGACACUCAACUGUAGAGAGAUGCUGUUUACUCAUACCCUGAGGUAACCUAGAAACUGUAAUUAAAGUCAUGUGCUGCCCAGAUGCUUCAGUCAAGAAUGUCAUACAGGAUUGUGGCCACACAGAAUCAUAUCCCCUAGUGACGGCACAGCCAUCUUAGUUUGGCGUCAAGAACAACACCGCAUAGGGUUGUGGAGAGGAAGGCGGGCAAGGAUUUGGAGAGAAUUCUGAAAAACGGAGCCUGAGGCUUUUACAAUUUGUGUUACUGUUGCAAAUGGACCAGAAACGCCAUCCCACAAGCACCAACUGCCACCUCAGACGUCGUUCAAACGGCUAAUAGCCUAGAGGUGGGAAGCAGUGUAGCUAAUGGUCAGCGAUGAAGUCGCUCCAAGGACAGCUCCAGGUCUCACCGAGGGCUAGUCUUUGAUAUAUUUAGCCCAUCAGCAGUGAGCCCACGCUUUGUACCAAGGCAGGAUGGACCCAGAGAUAAAGAAUAAGCCUCUGCUGCGUGAGUGUACAGAGUGAAUUUCUUCUGCAUGUGUUCAGAAGACCUGAAAGGACAGAAUGCUGUGGGAAUUCUGAGAAUAAAUGAAGAAGGCCCUGAGACAGAAAUACAGUACUUCCUUCACCACAGCUCCAAAUUCACUCUCAGUUACCUACAAUCAACUCUAGCCUAGAAAUACUUCUCGUCAAGACAUGGAAGCCGUCGCCAAGUUUGAUUUCGUGGCCUCGGGUGAAGACGAACUGAGCUUUCACACUGGAGAUGUUCUGAAGAUACUAAGCAACCAAGAGGAGUGGCUGAAGGCGGAGCUCCGAAGCCAAGAAGGAUAUGUGCCUAAGAAUUUUAUAGAUAUUGAGUUUCCUGAGUGGUUCCAUGAAGGCCUCUCUCGACACCAAGCAGAGAACUUACUCAUGGGCAAGGAAAUUGGAUUCUUUAUCAUCAGGGCCAGUCAGAGCUCCCCAGGAGACUUCUCCAUCUCUGUCAGGCAUGAGGAUGAUGUACAGCACUUCAAAGUCAUGAGAGACAACAAGGGCAAUUACUUCCUGUGGACUGAGAAGUUCCCGUCCCUGAACAAGCUGGUGGACUACUACAGGACGACUUCCAUCUCCAAACAGAAGCAGAUCUUCCUUAGAGAUAGAACCAAAGAAGAUCAGGGUCACCGGGGCAACAGCCUGGAUAGGAGGUCCCAGGGAGGCCCUCACCCAAGUGGAAAUGUAGGAGAAGAAAUCCGCCCUUUGAUGAACCGGAAGCUGUCAGAUAACCCUCCUCCCCGUCCCCAGCAGUACCACCAGCACCAGCAGCCGCCUCCUCAGUUCCCACCAGGGCCACAGGCCCCUCCACAGCGGUAUCCGCAGCACCAUCCUUUUCACCAGGACCGCCGUGGAGGCAGCCUAGACAUAAAUGACGGACACUGCGGCAUUGGCAGCGAGAUGAAUGCCACCCUGAUGCAGCGCAGACACACGGACCCCGUGCAGCUCCAGGUGGCAGGGCGAGUGCGCUGGGCCCGGGCCCUGUAUGACUUCGAGGCUCUGGAGGAGGAUGAGCUGGGAUUCCGAAGUGGAGAGGUGGUCGAAGUCCUGGACAGCUCUAACCCAUCUUGGUGGACCGGCCGUCUACACAACAAACUGGGCCUCUUCCCUGCCAACUAUGUGGCUCCCAUGAUGCGAUGAGUCCUGCUGGGAGGCUAGAAGCUUUUUGUCUGAAGCUGCCGGCCAGAGAGGGACAAGGGAAAACAGCUGGACUUUAUAACUACACAUGCGUGCAUGUGAUGUUCAUGUGUGCCCGAGUGUACACAAAACACGUAUAUGUAUGCCCAUGUCGACACACAACA